AUGCCACGAUCCUUCUUGGUGAAGAAACACCUGAGUCACAAGAAGCCCAACUAUGGCAUGCUGGAUUCACAGAGUGGUGAUCCUCACCCACAAGUCAUCUCCAAGCUCACCUCUUCUCAUCCUGAUGAAACUUUACUCCCUGGGUCUUGCCUAUUAAACCCAGCCAUCAGGGCAGUGUCACAGAUGAGCUCCAUUUGUGCCGUGAUUGAACCGCAGCCUUCACUAGACUCCAGACCGCCUUCAGAAGGCCACACUUACACCCUACCCGUGAGUCCGACCCCCCUGCAAGCCUCUGAGCAUGCGGCACCUCGGCGUCUUCAUAACGACAGAGCGUUGCAGGACAGCGUGGUGUCCGACGUUACCGUUUCCCUGUUGGGACUUGCUUCAAAGAACAACAUCCAGGAGCACUUUGAGUGUUUUGACUGCCAUAAAACCUAUUUCACCUUCUCCGGCCUGGCCAAACACAGACAGCUGCAGUGCGAGUGGCCGUGUCAGAAAUACUUCAGCUGCAAGUACUGCGACAAGGAGUAUGUGAGUCUCGGCGCUCUGAAGAUGCAUAUCCGCACACACACGCUACCUUGUGUGUGUAAGCUGUGUGGGAAAGCCUUCUCCAGGCCCUGGCUGCUUCAGGGACACAUACGGACACACACAGGUGAGAAGCCGUUCUCGUGUCCUCACUGCAGCCGGGCAUUUGCCGAUCGCUCCAACUUACGCGCUCAUCUGCAGACGCACUCAGACGUCAAGAAGUAUCAGUGCAGGAGCUGCUCAAAGACUUUCUCCAGAAUCUCACUUCUGUCUAAACACGAAGAGGCUGGUUGUUCCCCAACAUCCUGAUGGUCAAGCGUUACCGUUCUAGCACCAGACUAUGACACUUGAGGCCCUGGUUUCUCUCAGGUCCCCUUCACUACACUGAUAUUUAUGUACGAAGGGGAAAUCGACUCUGCACUGUACUAACUCAUUUUUGAGAUGUAAGAUUUUAUAUUUUUUCGGGACUGAAUCAGAGUUUGUGACUUGCAUGCAUUGCAUGGUCUAC